AUGGUCAACGCCACCCGCUUCUUGGGGGAGUCAGUCCUGUGGGACCUCCACGUCGAGGGAGACAAGCCCGAGCAGGAAGACCAAUGGGACGCCACUUUCCAGAUGGCUCUGCAGAUGCUGGAUCGCCUCGGCAGCAGUAUGCGACUGGCUGUCUUCGAGGAAAAUGCCGCCCUGCACGAUGUGGGCCGCGGCCUCAACCGGGCGCGUUACGCUGCAACCUACGCGCGGCUGCGCGGCAGAUUCGCGCUGGCGACCGCUGCGAACGGGCUCCAGGUGUUCGGCCUCAACGACAACGGCUGGGACCAGGGCGCGGUGUUCUUGGCCCCCGACCGCGCCUGGCUGUCGCCGUUCGGGCACGCGGACCGCAUGGUGGCGGCGGCCUCGCUGCCCCUCCUGCUGGACGCCCAGCCCGAGCCCUCCGGCACCUCGCUUCCUCGGAACCUGGACGUCGUGGCCCCGGCCCUACGAGGCCUUGGCGGAGGUGGCCCUCAGGGUCGUCAACUUCGACGGCGCCCUCGCGCACGAGCUGCCCGCCCUGCUGCCCGAGGGGCUCGCCUGCGACUCAGUGGUUAUGGAGCAGCUGCAAGCACCACCUGGGCUCGACGCAGGGGCGGUCAACCCGCCGUCCGACAUGGCGAGGGUCUCGCCCAUGCGGAUCAAGGGCGACGACAACUGGACGUUCCCGCCCAUGUCGCUGACGACCGUGAGGUGGGCAGGGUGUCGCCGCUCCCACCCGCCACUGGUUGCUCGGCCCGCCGCGGUCUUGGUCUGAGCCUCUGCCUCCGGAGCGGGAACACCAACGACCUCUACGUCGGUGAGGUGAGCGCUGGACCCUGCCGUGACGGAUGCCUGAUAGCAUUCAGCCUGCGACACUUUCUGCCCUCCGAGCUGCGUGUUUCCCACAGUUGGCUGGACGGCAGACUCCAAGGGAUCCGACUACGAAGAGCGGGCCCCAGAGAACGAGACGUCUACAUCCUGAACGGCUACGCCCCCCUGAAUGAGGUUAGCCACGCCGUGACGGGUACCGAUCACCAUGAGAAAGUUGCAGCCCAUCGAGAGUUUCAGAAUAAAUAUUGGAAUCAAUGCCGAGCCGCCCUGCAACAAAUCCCCCGCCGCACUGCCCUGGUUGUCACCAUGGACGCCAACGCCGCCAUGUCGCCGAACCCCCCCCACGUUGGCUUCGCGGGCCAGCGCCGCAUGUACGCCGCCACCAACUACAACGGCAUGCGCCUGCUGGACCUCCUGCAGACGUUCCACAUGACCGCCCUCAACACGUUCGGCAGGAUGAACCGCCAGAACGGGACAUGGAAGCACACCACAGGCCCUGGAUGGACCACCAUCGAUUACAUCUGCACCAGGCUCCACGGUUCCUAUGGCAAGCGGGCGGCCCCGCUGAAGAAGUUACCUGUCAGCCUCAGUGGUUACCGCGACCAUCGCCCAGUUCAGGCUCAGAUCUACGUCGGCCUUCGAGCACGCCGCCGACCUGAAGAGAAGCCCGCCCGCUGGGACCGAGACGCCCUAGUACAAGACCUCAACCUUCUCCGUGACCCCGAUGCCGAACUCCCCCAACGCCUAGUGGAUAUGCGAUCGAAAUUUGUGACACUCCUUGACCAACGGCUGCUGUCUGGACAGUGGCCUGAUGAAUGCGGAGACGAACGCAGAUACGCCACCCCGUCAGACUACUUCAACGCCUUGGAGCACACGUUGAUCGAGGUAGCGGCCCCAUACUACAUUCUACAGCCCCAGAAGUUGACCCGCCCCAAGCUGAAGGACUCCACCCUGGCCUUGAUCGACCGCAAGCAUCGCAUCCAGCGCAGAAUGGCCAGCAUGACCAAUCAGGAGUCCGACAGCUACGCUGCCAUGCAGGCCGAGUUCGACACAGCAUAUCGUGAAGCCGCCAGAGCAGUUCGAGCCGAACGCCGCCAACGACUGGCCGACACAGCCACGGAAGCGGAGACGGCCGACGCGAACCAGAACCUGCGGAAGCUCCACAGCGUCAUCCGCCGCCUCGCCCCGAAGCCUGCCGCACCCACGGUCACGGUCAACAACCCCGAGUCUGGAGGCCUCUGCAUGGACGACGCUGAAGAAGCCGACGUUCGAGUACGGGCCCUGUGCAGCAUCUUCGAGGGCUCGAUGAUAGACAUGCUGAUAGACACGGAGACCGACCUCCCCGACCAGGACACGCAUGACGGGUCCAUCAUCGAACUUUGGAAGCUGCUGGCGACCGAAGCCACGCCGGCGCUCCAUGGAGUUUUCAACGCAUGCCAGGCCCUUGGACACUCUGUCCAGCGCUUUAAAGACGGAGAAACGGUUUCACUACGGAAACCCAAGGGAGAUGGUAAGAACGCGAAAGACCAUUACCGCACCAUCAAUUUGAUCAACCACAUCGGGAAGGUGUUCAUGAACGUCACAGUCAUGCCGUCACUGCGCGGUUUGGCCUCAAGAUUCUCCAGCUCGCAGUUCGGUGCCCUGGCAGGCCGCUCUACUCGUGAUGCCCUGGCGGUCGUAGCCGAAGUGGUCCGACGAUACAGACUUCAUGGCCGCACCUCCCGCCUCGGCAAGACAGCGAUCCCAGGCGUGCUCCUCGCGGUGCUCAUUGACCUCGAGAAGGCGUUUGACCUGGUCGACCGCGAUGAGAUCUGGAAUGCCCUAGAGCGCCUCUCCCUCAGGCGCAACGUGAGAUGGUCGGUCGAGGAGCUCCAUGAAGGCACAUGCUACAUCGCCAGAGAUAUUCGGACCAACCGCCCCAUCAAGAAGCUGCUCAUCUCCCGUGGCGUCCGCCAGGGGAGCGUGGAGGGACCCCUAUUGUUCAUCGCCGUCUACGACCUGCUCACCGCCAACUUAGAGCAGAGCCACGCCAUGUCAGAAUUCACCGUGGUCUCUGUAGUGUUCGACCCGACGUUGGAAAAAACUCGUCACCUCCACCUCCCCCCAGGAAAUGAUGGGGAAGAAUGCUUACCAGUAUCGCCCAUAAAGUUCGUUGAUGACUUGAUCGCGUUCACCAUUGUCGAGGAUUUCGAAACGAUCUCGAGGUUCCUGUCAUUUCUGAAGAAUGAAAUCACGAAGGGGAAGAUGAAAAAACAGCAGGACCCCCAGGAGAACGGCGCCCAGGAGAACCCAGACGAGGCCCCCGAGGAGCUCUUGGCCCAGGAGAACCCAGACGAGGCCCCCGAGGACCCGAAGUAUGACCCCACGAAGUUAGUCCGUGCGGUGGUUUUUGGUCGAUUCAAUUUCGAGGGCCCCAAGCAUAAGGAGAUUAAUUCGCUCUUGGGAGUUCUUCUGGACGACCUCAUACACCUCUGGAGGACCUUCACCCCCGAGGCCCAGCAGCAAGCCAGGGACACCCACGGCCUGAAUGAGGAGCUCCCGAACCCGUCUCGCCCGUGGCUUCGCUGGUUGUGUUGCGUCCCCAGGGCCCGACUCAAAGGUGUGCGAAGCACAACUACUGAUGACGAAGAGAAGAUAGCCGCGGGAAUCGCCCCUCCACCUGAUGCCCUGCUACCUUGCCCGAUAUGUUCCAGGAUGUGCCAGGGCCCCAAGGGCCUCGACAACCACAUGUUUUCGGUCCACAAGAAGUACGCCAACCCCACGGACUUAACAGAUGACCAGCUCAGGUCCCUGAAGUGCCCUCGGUGCGCCACUAAGUUCAGCAGAAAGGACACCCUCCCUCUGCGAGUCGGGCACCUGAGCCACCCGCUCCUGGACCUCCCGAGCCUACACCACCCGACGAUGUUCGUGCCGAUCGCGGAGGUCCAGGGAGGCGUCAAGAGGCAGGAGCCCGAGGCUCAGGACAGCACCACAGCGUCCAGCGAGUCGACGCCGAACGGCAAGCUCACGAACCUGAUGUGCCGCCUCCUCCUCCAACACGAAGCAGCCCACCAGGCCGACGCGAGGGACGACAACUUCACACUCACCCUCAAAGUCGGCACCAAGAUCGAGAUGGCACUGGAAAACGGCCUGCAGAACUACAUAGCGACUGGCAAAUCCGCCCGCGAGGGCGACAACUUCAAGGGCCACCCGCUCGGAAAAAAGCCAGACGCACUCUUGAGGUCGGUGAUCUUCCGCAUGGCCGAAGCCUACGAGAACAGCUCCCAGCCCGUGCAGGAAGCCGUGAAGAAUGGGACCAACCCCGAGAAGGCCCUCGGCGCGCUGGAGGUGCUCCAGCGCUGGGGUUCGAUCGCCAAGGACACGGAGAUCAUGGCGCGCGCGACGCGGUGCUUCAAGGUGAAGCUGGCCGAGGGCGACGUGGAGCAGGUGCGCUGGAUCUGGGCCGUCAAUUACCAUCCCGAGCUCAAGCUCGCGCUGUCCACCCUCAGGGACAAGGGCGGGCUCAAGGCGGCAGGAAUCCUCCUAGGCCACGACUACGGUCAGAGGUCCAAGUCGAUCAGCGCGGGGUGUGGGAUGACCAACAUGCUGUGCAACAGGUUCCAAGGGUGGAGCGUGUUCGUGCCUGGGAAGUUGCUCGUCCUUUAG